GUCUCGUCUCUACUCCACAAGCCCAAAGUGCCUUCAAGCCGUCCGAGGGUUUCGAAACUCGAGCUACUCUCCGGCGUCUACGGCGCCGGCAACCAGCCACCGGCCACCGCGUCCUCCGCCUUGUCCUCAACCUCACCCGAGGUUUCUCCGCUCUCAUAUAGAUAUGAAGAGGGCGGCGCCGUCGGUGGAGCCACUCGAUGUGUCUUCCGGCGACUCCUCGGGCUCGGAUUCCGACCAAUUAGGCGGGAAGGAGAAGGGCGGGAGCGCCUCCAAACCUGCUGCCGCGGGAGAAGAUACGAAGAGGGUGGUGCUGCGUAAGGAAUCCCAUAACGUAUCUUCCGAUGAUGACUUGAGCUCGGAUUCUGACGAUGAUGCUGGGAAGGGGAAUGGCUGGAAUGCCUUUGGGCUGCCCAAUUCCUCCAAAGCUUCUUCGGUGGCAGAAGCGGCCAAGUCAAAGAAGAAGAAAACUGGUGUGGAUUUUAGUGCUUUGAGCCGGCAUGGAUACCAUGGUGGCCCCUCUGUCUUGACAGUUCGUCCAGUAGAGGAAGCUAACUGGUCUUGGUCCACUGGGAAAGACCGCAAUGACAAAGAAGAUGCACCUGAGUCCUAUGAAGAACGCGAGCGAACCAGGGCUGCAGUGACUGAAGGAGAGAAGCUUAUCGGUCUGCAGAAUGCCCCGCCCAACCAGUUAUUAUUAGAGAAAGACAAGAAGGAUGCUUCCUUCUCACAGAAGGAGAAGCGGAAGAGGGACCGGGGGCAAGCCAGCAGGGGGAAGAACUAUGUUGAGGAGGAGAAGCGGCUCCUGAGGGGGAGUGGCGUGUACUCUGGCUUUGAUACUUAACAGUACCAGGUUGGGAUGGCAUCUCCUGGAAUGUAGAAAGGCGUGAGACACACAAGCGGCUCGGGCAGCAUCUCGCAUUGGCACUAAGGAAUGUAUAUGACGCCAGAUGUCCUGUAUGCACAAGCAUGGUCAAGAAGUUCUACAUUAGAAGUAGAGGAAAAUGGUUGAUUCAGAUGAAGCAAAAAUAACAUAUGGAGUGUUUAUGGAUGUAAAUUGAAAAAGAAAAGAGAACACUUUCAGUGGCAUGAUUAGAUACUAUUAACUCUAUCUGUACUUUUACUGCAAAAAUAUAAUGUAGCGCUCGACAGUAUUUGAUUCUUUGCAAUUGAGCCAGAAACAAUAGAAGGAAGGUUUCAUACAAAAA